UGUGCCCAUGUGCAACCUCGCCUCUCCCUCCCACUUCGCACUCGGAUGUCCGAUAUCCGUAGUUUGACGGAAACCCGCGUGGUGAAGCGACGCUCCGACGCUAGACAUCAACAGUAGCGCGAAUGUGCCUGUCAAUAGCAGAGUGUUACUAGCUUAGCAUGACGCCGGGUUUUGACGCGGACCAAACGACAAAGGCCGCCGACGCUACAUUCCAUCAAGAUAUGGACGCAUGUUUCAACGCCUUCGAUAAGGACCGAGAUGGAUACCUGCAUCUGAACGAGUUUCGUGUACUCUGCCAAGCACUUUUCAGGAAUAAUAAGGGUCAAACAUAUGAAUUAGAAGACUAUCAACUUCGAGACGUAUUCCAUAUAUUCGAUACCAAGAACGACGAUAAAAUAGAUAGAGGUGAAUUUACGUACCUUUGGAACAACUGGAUCAAACUAAUAGUCCGUCCUAUAUCCGCCAUAUUGGUAAUCGAUGUCCAGAACGACUUUAUCUGCGGCACCUUGGACAUCCGCAAUUGUCCCGCAAAACAAAACGCGCUAGAAGUUCUAGCACCGAUCAACCACCUCCUAGAAACCAUAGAGUUUGAUGCUGUAUUCUAUUCAUAUGACUGGCACCCGUCUGACCAUGUUUCAUUUAUUGACAAUGUGCAUUUGAGAAAAUUCCAUGAGUCCAGCCCUGUUCCUCAGGAUGAGGCGCAGUUGUAUGAUACUGUAGUGUUUGAAGGGGAUCCCCCGGUUGAACAAAAACUAUGGCCCAGGCAUUGCGUGCAGAAUACUUGGGGUAGUGAGCUUCAUGAAGAUCUUAAGGUAUUAGAAAACUCAGUCAAGAUUUACAAAGGUACAAAUCCAGAAGUGGAUUCCUAUUCGGCAUUUUGGGAUAACUCAAAGCAAACCGAUACAAAAUUGGCGGCUCAACUGAGGUUACGGGGAAUUACAGACGUUUAUGUGUGUGGGAUUGCGUACGAUGUUUGUGUGGGUGCAACAGCGAUAGACGCAAUCUCCAGCGGGUUCCGCACCAUCCUCCUAGACGACUGCUGUCGAGGAGUAGACCUCCUCAAUAUCGAAAAGACCAAGGAAACUGUGAUCAAGAACCAUGGAGUGGUGGUCAAUUCUGACAGAGUGAAAGAUAUGGUGGAAGGCAAUGACAGAAGGCAAGAGUUGGGAUAUAAGCUAGCGUUGCAUUUGAAGGAUCAGAUGGAGAAACAGAGGAACGGGGAAGGGGAUAAGGAAGGGCAGGAAAGAUGAAUGGUCUAUAGUAGGAGUAGAGAUACUAUAUAGGAGCUACUACUGAAUUAUCUAUCUAAAGCUAUGGGGUAAUAUGAUUUUAGAAAGCCUUAGAUCCAAUCUCUUCUAUUACCUAUAUAUAAUGCUCUCUAUUAUCACUAUAGGGUUAUUAGGUGACCUACAAACCACAGCCUUAUUACACAACUGUAACUGUCAGGCGAUUCUUCAUGUCAAACUGUUAUUUCUUAAGUCAUAUUGUACUUUUUGCAAAAAAAGUACUUUGUACUAGCUAUCAGUGGCUUGCACUAUCUAUGAGUAUUUGGGCAUCAUAUACCUCUGGGAUAUUGGAAUCAAUGGUCACCUGUUCAUAUGCUCGGUGUUUUAUCGGCAAACAGCGAAAUUCUAUCUUCAUUCGCUGGGUGCACGAUAAUGUCGCGAACUACCAGUUGUCCGACAGAAAUAUUUGCGCUUGAUACGUGCAAUAUAAAAAGAAAUGGAUACUAAUGAAAAUGACCGACAUUUAGUCAAUUUGAUGUUACCAACAAUUUGAAUAUCUGACAAACAAUUCCUUUUUGAUAUAACAAAUGACCCGAGCGACAUAUUUGCACCUUUGCAGGACUUCAUGAUGGGUUUAUACAAUCUUUCAAUACCCAUAAUCAUAAGGAUACACAUAAGCAUUCUCACAAUUAUAAGUUCGUGAUAUGUUUAUACAAAUGUCGUAAGGAGCAGAUGUAUGAAUUUAAGGGGUCUAACCUUUCGUUUUUGUUUUACUUAAUAUAGAAAAACAUACAAAAAAAAACUCAGCACGCUUAGUUGUGUUUAACAAUGUAUUUAGCAGUUGAACAAUAAAUAAGAUAAUAUUAUUGUUACACCCUGUAAAGUGCAGUAUGUGACAGUUUCUUUUAUUCAUGUGUUGUCAAAUUGUAGGUUAGGUAUGUUGUCAAUUAGUUGUGAAGAAGUAGGCUGUGACUUCAAUCAUAAGCAUAAUCAUAAGGGUUAAAAGUUAUGAACUUCAAGUACUAGAUUGACAAUUUGUAUAAAUGAGUUAAAGUUUUAAACUAACGUUUAUGAUUACGACUAAAACUUUAAAAAGUUGAUUCGUUCAUAUUUCCUCUGUGACAUUUUGUUCUAAAAGUACACUCCAUGUGGUAUCCUAGGAGGCUGCAGCAAAUAUCAGCAAAAAGGCCGUUGCAAAAUUCUUUGAUAGGUGGCUCUCACUAUGUGGUGUCUAUUGAAACAGGGAAUUUUGUUAUUGGAACUAUCACAGUGCAGUUUUGUACAUAAUAAGCAUAGAGGAUUAUUAACUUUCCACAUUCCAGAUUCUCUUUAUUCUCCAGUUUUUAAGCUUUUUUAUCAAACAUAAAUGAUUAAGUAGUAGCUCCUAUAUGUAUACAUAUAUAGUAUUAUUACAUUAUAAUCAGGUGCCUGCUAUUUAGAAUGGUCCUAAUAAUUAAAGGACAUCAUUGUUAAUGAAACAUUUGUGGUACUUAAAAAUGUGUACUUAGGUAUUAAAGCGACACUAUGUUGACUACAUGAAUAAGGAACAUCCAUUUGUUAGAUUUUAACCAUAGUAUAGAGACUAUGAGGAGUAAAAUAACUUUUCAUGCUCAGACUGCUUGAACCUUCCUAAAAAUCAGAUCACUUCUUGUCGUCGAACGGUUUCAGCAAAGUUUUCGCUCCAGGUGAAAACUCAAACAAUUUUUUGUUACUAAAAACCAGAAAGUGACUCUACUGUGCGUAGUCUGUAUACUUUAGUUUUGAUGUAGGUAUAGCUUGCCGACUAUCCCAAUAGUUUUACACUCAAUUCUUUACAUGGCCAGUUUGACAUUUAUACGGAUGUGAUAUAUUCGAUAAGCAUUGCACGAUAAAGAAUUUCACGAUUAUAUAGGGAGAAAACUCUUGCUUUUAGACUGAAAGACAUUUUUUGUAUUUAUCAGUCACAAUAUAAACUAUUUAAUAUCACAAGUAGUGAUUCAGAGGUUAUUAGAAAGACUAUUGUUUCUUGCCUAAGGAUUACCUACUAGUUUAAGUAGAAUGAUUCAACUCUACUGUUCCAUACUUUUAUCUCAAAUAUCCAUGACAAGCAUUGUUUAAAUCUUUGGUUAAAUCAAAAAUAGGGACUUAGUGACGUCACACAGUGUACUUAUUAUUGCAUCAAGCUGGUUGUGAAUAGGUUACAUUUAUAUUAAACUUUAUUUGAGCAAAAUAGAGGACUUAAGAAUUCAUUCGAUCAAGAUAAUUCGUUUUUACUUUUACAUUCUGAGGACAUGUUCGAGUAGAUUAAGGCAUACAUAAGAUACGGGUUCGGUUACAACGUUAAUAUCAAAUAAGUCGAAAAUUUUGUGACGAUCACAAUCAGUCCAUUUCGUUCAGUAAGAAACAUCCGGAUAGAGCGCUCUUUGCCUUUUUAUGUAUUGUUAAGUUUUUGUAAGCAAGGGUGAGGCACUUGUCUGUGACAUACCACAUACCAUUAGUAUUACAAUAUAGUAUUGUUUUUUUUUGAUUUUUGGGGUAUAUUUUUAUUCGUAUUAUAUAGUUGGAAAAUACCAUUUUUAGCAACCUGGGGUUUGAAAUUUCAAUAUAUACAGGGUAAGCAGGUUUUUCUAAUUUGGUGUUUUCUGAAUAAUUAUGUUCCUUUUUGAAUUUGUAUUGUUUGUAACUGGUGUUUAUUUUUAAAUAAAGUGGAUUAUCUAUCA